AUGGAUGCAGGCAAAUCAACAAUUCCCGACGAUGCUAUGGUUUACGUGAAGGGGUCAUUAAAGCUGGUCAAAGAGCUCAAAGGAAUGGACUUGAUCAGUGCUGUGUCAACAGGAAGGGUGACACGUGGGCCGAACAAGACGAUCAUUCCAAGGGGAUCGUAUUACACUGAAAAAGACCUGAUACCAGGAGAUACUGAUCCGGAGGAUACUGUCAUCCUUUAUCAAUACGGAAAUCGAUCCAUCAAACGUCUUCCGGAUGGUCUAGUACUUAAGUCUGGUCCAUCAAUACGGCUUGCUGAAGCUGCUGCUAUGGAUUUGGCCGCCAAACAUGGCCUUCCAGUACCAAAAUCCCACGGAGUCUGUGAGCCCGAUCAAGAAAACGGCCGACGACUAGGUUGGAUCAAGAUGGACUUUGUAGAAGGCACAGCUUUGGAGGACGUAUGGGCGGAUUUGAACAAGCAAGAAAAGUUGGAUAUCUGUCAUCAGCUUCGAGACAUUUUGAUAAAAAUGAGAACUAUUGAACCCCCAACCCAGGGAACGAUUAAUUCUUGCGACAACAGCAGCAUAAAAGACGGCCGCAAUAUAUCCGACUAUCAAGGCGGGCCAUUCAAGAACGAGACCGAGUUUAAUGAGUUCAUUUUGGAUUUCGGAGCCCGACCACCAGUUGCACUGGAGCAAGCGAUCAGGAAUCGAAUGCCUACUGGGCAUCGUACUGUUCUCACUCAUUGUGACUUAUCACCGAGGAACAUCAUGGUGCGCGAUGGUAAAAUCACGGGACUAAUAGAUUGGGAAGAUGGCGGCUUCUUUCCGGAGUAUUGGGAAUAUGUGAAGUUCUUUGAAGCUUUCACAAAGCAUAGAGAUUGGAAAGAUUACAGUGAUGAGAUCAUGCCGCAAAAAUAUGACGAUGAAUUACUGUUCUUCCAGGUACUCCUUCGGUGGCAGCGAUCCUGA